UUGAUUCCGUCGUGACCGAUUUUGACCCCAACACUGAACACGAAAACUACGGGGAUAAGGUCUAUUGAUUUUUCGUGUAUAAGAAGUUCUAACCAUAAGAAGGAAAGAAAGUGGUCCCAGGGAGAUUAUAUGAACUAAAUCUAUUGUUUCUUUGCUUUCGCAGGUCGAUGCGCGAGAUAUCCCUCUGUUAUAUCUCGAGACGAAGGUGAAGUCCUAAUCUUUCAAGAUUGAAACAUAAACGAAAGAUGUGUCUGUUUUUGAUGUUUCACUAUAUAUUUAUCUCUCAGAUUCAAAACGCUCCUGUGGGGUCACCUCAAAGACAAGAAGCUCAGAAGAAUCUGCUUGAGGAAAUAAAUCACAGGAAACAAAUCGAUCAGAACAUUAUAGAGAUUCUUAGACUUUCACUCAAAAAAACCGAUGUCUUAGAUCUCUUAACUUCCACAAGAACAACAGGACAACCUGUUGUAGAUGAUUGGGACUGCUACAAGACUCUGGUUAAAAGUUUCAAGAAUCAAUGUGGAGCAAAGAUGGAAUACGAUAUGAAGUAUGCAGGAGCACUUGCCAAUAUCUGCAAUAUGGGAGUGGAUGUGAAGAAAAGUGUUGCAGCUAUUGAAGAAGCUUGUGCCCAUUAAAUUAUAUGCAAAAAAAAAUAUUGUGAUCGCCUUAUAAAUAUGAAAGUUAUUGCAUAACAUUUGAUUGUGUGGAGAUGGUUGAUGCCUAUUUUACUUGAUAACGCGAAAGUCUUGGUCUUAAAUUGGAUUCAUAGUAUAAUAACCUCGUACCAAUUCUAGUUUCAAGAAUUCACGCGAAAGUCUUGGUCUUAAAUUGGAGAAUGAGUAAGUGAUCGGAUAAGGCUCGGCGGCACUCGAGUCAACAUCUCGUAUUCACGUGUUAUGCUU